AUGGUGCAGUUGAUGAAGAACGGCGGCGGCGGAUCGGACUCGCAGACCCGAAAGAUGGCGGCGGUGAAGAUGGAGUUGGAGGAUUCAUUGGAAGAGGAGCACGGCCCACUUCACAAGCGACCUAAACAGAGUGUGGGGAAGGGCGGCUUAUCAGUGCCGCCCUCACAGUACAACCCUCUUGACGAGCCGAGCCCGUUGGGCUUACGCCUCAGGAAAAGCCCGUCUCUUUUGGAGUUGAUUCAGAUGAAACUGUCUCAGUCAACCUCACAGAGAGCUGGGAGUCACAGUAGAAAAGAGGCUUCGAAAGCUUCUGCUGAUAAGUUGAAGGCCUCCAAUUUUCCGGGCUCGCUUCUGAGAAUCGGAGCAUGGGAGUAUAAAUCGAGACACGAAGGGGACUUAGUGGCGAAAUGUUAUUUUGCGAAGCAUAAGCUUGUGUGGGAAGUUCUUGAUGGGGGUCUCAAGAAUAAAAUCGAAAUUCAGUGGUCGGAUAUUAUGGCGUUGAAGGCGAAUUAUGGGGAUGAUGGUCCUGGGACUUUGAAUGUUGUGUUGUCUCGGCAGCCGCUUUUUUUCAGAGAGACUAAUCCGCAACCAAGGAAGCACACUCUGUGGCAGGCAGCAUCAGAUUUUACUGGCGGACAAGCUAGUAUGCAUAGGCAACACUAUCUGGAGUGCCCACAAGGCCUACUGGGAAAACAUUUUGAGAAAUUGAUGCAAUGUGAUCCCCGCUUAAACAUUCUCAGUCAACAAGGAGAGAUUAUUAUAGAUUCUCCUUAUUUUGAACCGGGAAUAUCCGUGUUUGAUGACCAGAAUGAAAGCAAAGACACUUUCGAUUUGAAUGCUGAAGGAAGUUCUUCGUUGUUCAGCUUGCAGGAUGUUGCUUCACCAUCUGGUGUUCAGUCUUCUUCCCCAAAGAAUGAUAUAAUAGAUGCAACUGGCGGACACUCGGGAUCCUACACUCGUGAAACACCAUCGCCGGUAUCAGCCAUGGAUAGGCCGACAGUGGAGCAGCUGAACCUGAAAGAGGUGGGGAAGUGGGAAGAGAUGAUGGUCCCAGGCCUCCGUUCGUCCAUGUCAAUGAUAGACCUGGUUAGCCACCUGGAGAACCGCAUUUCGGAGCAGCCCGAAAACCCGAUCCUCUCGAGUGAGGAGUGGCAGAGCCUCCAGAUUCUCGAUGACAUCAAUCGCUGCCUCUUCUCAGAUUCCCAAAUUCCACCGGACGAGAAGUCCCUCAUGUCCAGGGUCAACUCCCUCUGCUGCCUCCUCCAGAAAGACAACAAUAACCACCCUCCCUCUCAAAGUGAAUACGGUAACACAAAAGGUGAAGGAGAUGUGGGCCCGGCGGAUAUGGCGAGGAAGGACUCGGUUGGGGACCUGUUGAUGAACCUGCCAAGGAUAGCCUCCCUGCCUCACUUCUUGUUCAAUAUUUCAGAGGAUUUGGAGACUCGGGGGCCUGGGGGUGAGUGA